GCGGCUCCGUAUUGUGUACGCUUGGAUUUCGAGGAUCGAUCGACGCGACGGGACGACAGUCAGUCGUUUCGAGGCUGCCGAGUUGACCGGGUGUCGUUGAGCGACCAGAGCCGCGCCGGUUCUGCCCUCUCUCCCUCUCUUCUUUUCCAAAGUAGCCUGCUGUUCGUCGUUCCGCCGCACUUUGCGCGCCUGUCUCGCUUCUCUCUAUCUAGACGCGAUUACAGUGUUCACCGAGAAGGGACCAUGAAGAGUGUCACCACCACGGCCACCUGCCUUCUCGUCCUGGCGCUCAUCCAGGUUACCAUGAGCGCCAACGUCUCCACGGAUGCGGCCAGCUUCUUCCUGGAGAUCCAGGGCAAUCUCACCAAGAUCGUCUGGGCCCAUGCUGUCAACAGCCAGGUCGAGCUCGACAAGGCGCUCAAAUCAGCCGACAUCAUGAUGCUGGAGGCUGACGUGGUGCUGGGCAGACUGAACGGAACGAAUAACACCGAAAUCCCGAUAAUGGCUCAUCCGCCGGCGAACGAGAGCACUCUGUCGCUGGACGAAUUCCUGAGGACCGUGCAGAACAACACGAAGAAGGGCAUCAAGCUGGACUUCAAGAGCAUCGAGGCCUUCAACGCGAGCAAGCCUAUCUUGGACAAAUUUCGCAAUGACCUCAAGAUCCCCGUGUUCCUGAACGCGGACAUUCUGCCCGGACCGGUGGACGCCACCGCGAAACCCGUCGACGCGAAGGCUUUCCUGGCACAGGGUAAAGCGUAUCCCGAUUGGACGCUGUCGGUCGGCUGGACCACCAGGUACGGCAACAAGGACAACGUCACCGAAGGUCGGUACACCGGGGAUCAGAUUCAGAAGAUGAUCGACGAGUUGAAGGAACAGAAGGUGACCCAGCCGAUAACUUACCCGGUAAGAGCGGGCCUAGCCGCGCAGGACAGCGACGUGAUCAAGACGCUGAUGGAGAAGAGCUCCGGCAUGAAGAACGUAACUCUGACCGUGUGGUCGAGCGAGGGCGACAAGGUGGACGCGGAGAAGUUGUCGACGUUGAUCAAAGAUAUCGGUGUGACGAAGGUGUUCGUCGACGUGCCGCAAGAGCUGAUGAAGAGCCUCCGCUUGUCGGGUGCGUCGAGCGUAGGCGUCGCGUCGAUCACGCUCGCGACCACCAUCUUCGCCAGCGUUUUCCUCCCCACGAUAUUGUGAACGGUUUGAACAAUUUUCCUCGCGUUUCGCGUGCACUCGGGGGAGGACAGGGACGGAGGGAUCUCGGCGUUUCCUUCCGUCGCCACGGAAUUUGCUUACCCCCCGACGAAGGAAGGAAACGAGGCUGACGAAACGAGAUGGUAUCGCGGUCGGAAGCUCGUCGGGAUUUUAAUCAAUCAAAAAAAGCAUUCUUCGAUAUGUAACGAUCGCCCCGAUCGGACGUUCUCGUUAGAAUCUUCAUCGUGGACAUGUACUUUCUAGCGUAUAAGCUUAUUCGCAAACGUUUUUUCUAAGUAUUUUAAGGGAGCUUUCUUAGAUAUACGAUUAUUCCCCUCGAUCGUGGCGAGACAACCUUGCUUUCAAACACUCCAUCGUUCUGCUCCUAUUUUCUUUCGCCAUUUUCCAAACACACACACACACACGCGCACACAUAUACAUACACACACGGCGGCUAUUUUCCAUCGCAUCGACACGUUUCGUAGAUUUCCAGCACGAUCGAACGCGACGCGAGGUCACUGCGUUGGUAUCGUUCGUUCCGUAGGAAGAUCGUUUCGAUAGUUGGAAGAACUGUACCUAAUAGGAAUAGACACCUCGCGUCGCGCCUGAUCCCGCUGGAGAAAUUGCGAUUGACUCGGUGUUUGGCAAAUCGAUCGGACGACGAAUUCUCGUACAUUCGGCGUACGCACGACGUAUCGUGGAAUCGGGAAUGGCGACAAGGGAAUCCAGAUCGACGGAUCACACGCUCUGGCGCACUGAUCACGCGUUUUUGCACCAUUUACACCUUCGGGACGCGCGGAUCUUUUUCUACGAUGCCGCGUCGAACGCGAGACUUGCUCGUAGCGUGUUUUAUCGUACCCGUUUAGUGUUCACCGACGUAUCUCCUGUACCUGCCUUUAACAUAUCUCAGACAUAGGUGCAGAAGGAGGUUGCAGAGCGAAGGAAAAGCAGGAAUCGGAAAAGAAACGCGGUAUUAGAGUUGUACGUAAGCUGUGUAACGCGUAUAUCUGUAAGCCAAAGGAUUGUGAAUGCGUAAAACGGUGCCGGCGCACCGCGUUUGAUAACGAAACAAUAAAACUAUGUGCAAAA